AGUCAAAUAAAUUAGAUAUUUUUUGAGAUAUUUACUCAUAAGUUAAAUUUUAGAAGAAAAAAGCUUCCUUACUUUUGUUUUGGCGUGUAAUGAUCGAAAUUUACUGUAAUCCGUGACCUUGUUUCAGUUGAUGAAUAAGUUAUGACGAUAACGACGCCUCGCCCGCGCCGUCGGAUAUCGUCUCGCACUAAAAAGCGUUGUCGCAACAUCAAAAACUUCUUCUGCAAAGCACUGAAUACUAAAUCAGACACAAACAACAAAAACCAAUCGUCUCCUCAAAUAAGCAUCUCCGACCUUAAAGAAAAGAUAAGCAGCCUCGAAACCCAACUCAACAAAAUAAGCAAGCAUUGUUAUAGCUCGACACAGAUAAACGAUUGUUCAGACCAUCGGAACAAACAAACUUUACCCGAAAGUAAAACGAGUGAUAGAGCAUCUCAUAGACAUUCAAAUACUAAUGAAACUAAAGUUUUGUACAGAGCAACAAGUAGUCAUUACGAAAAAACCGAUGCUAGCGAGACAUCAAGACGUAAAAUGAAAAACAAUGAUAUUAUGAUACACGAUACAUCAGAGACUAAAUAUGAGGAAAAGAAAUCUAAACGACCUAAAGUUCGUGAAAUGUGGCAACAAGAAGAUGAAUUCGAUCAUUGUAAGAAAUUAACUGCGCGACAUCUUGCAUAUAAUCAAAACACUAUCAAAGAACGCAAAAAGAAACGUGCAAUUAAAGAAUACCAGAGAGCAAUCAAAACAGAAAAGCAAUAUAAGCAGCCGCACAAAAACGAAACUAGAUAUUUAGACCCUUCGUCUUCAAAUUCGAAAAAGAUCAGACGCCGUACCGUGGUAGACGAAGACUUUAUUUCUAGUAUCAUAAAAAAACAAUACAAACCAACCAAAAUGUUUGAUGUGCAACACUCUAAUAUGAGUCAAUUAUCUGCGCCUGUGUGUCGAGAUAAAGAAUAUUCCAUGCGAGACAAAAUUUGUUACGACUACGAUUUAUGUUCCUGCUGUUUUGAUCAACCGAAAAGACAUGACUACAAAAAGAUUAACAGCAAUGUCAGUGAUAUGAGAAGCGUUUGCGACGCUCGUUUAUACAGUUCGAAAAAAAGAAGUCGAUAUCAUGGUCAUUCUAAAGGUUUAAAUGAUUUCAACAAUGCUGACCUUUAUGAUCUUAUUCCAGUCAAGGAAAAAUCGAGCCCCAAAGCUAGGAAGAAAAUUGAAUAUGCUUCGAUUGCAAGCAACAAAUAUAAUGAAGUACGUCCAUCACCGAGAACUCUACGACCUCGAUUAAAUCUACAGGCAAAAAUGUAUGAUGAAAGUGAUGGAAUCAGUCAUAGUACAAGUUUUCAUAAUAAAAAUCAAAGCCAGGAUGAAAUUAACGGUACAUCUGACAACCGUACGGAGAAAAAUAAUAAUUUAAGAAGAGGAAUGUCUACCCUUUUAUUUCGAAAUAUUGAGUCGCAUGACGAGAAUGUAAACGAAAGUAAACAAAGCACUGAUACGGACAGAAACCUUGCUGAAAUUAAAGAUUUACUACAGAGUUUUAUAACAGUAAUAAACGAAAAUUCGGCACAUGGCGGCAACAAUACUAAACUAUCAUCAAACAAUAACAACUUACACGGGUUAUCCGACACAAGUAACUAUCAAGCAAAUGCAACUACAAAUCUUAAUAAUACCAAUAUAGGAAAUACCUACCCUCACUAUAACGUACCACCAGUUAUGCCAAUUUUCCCCAACAAUUGCUGCUAUCCUGUAAUGCCUAUUUAUCCAGUCAACUAUUUACAAAACGGAUAUCUGUUUCCUAAUGUCAGUAACACCUGCAAUUCAAGUGCUAAGGCUUCUAAACAACCCAAACGAAGUUCAUCUACGUGUGAUCAUAAACAUGAAAGUAAUAGCAGUAGCGAAACUCACGAGCUUCUCAAAGAAAUUCAUAACUUUGUUACACAAAAUCCCAUAACAGUCAAUAAGAAGGAAGACUUAAAAUCAAAGCACCGACAAUAUUUUGUAACUAGAAGUGUUGGGGACAGUUCUAUUGCUUCGAAUUACAAUAAAAAAUAUAUGAAUACGAAAAGAUGCGUAUCCAAAAGUUGCGAGGCUAUUGGACGUGGGGACUCCUGUAAUAUCUACUCUAAUACAAGUUUCUCUGAUACAGCGCUCGAAAGGUUUAGCGUUGAAGCAACGCGUUCCACAACUGAUUUCAACCCCACAUUUGAAAUAAGAGAAAUAAAAACUAACAAGCUGAAGGAUAUCUUCACUCCUUGGAAAUGGGGAAAAAAGAAGAAUGACGUCUUAGACGAGAUAAGCGAGGGUGAAGAUAUCAUAGAAGAAGAUAUUGAAGAAAGGCCGCCUCCUUUCAGGCAGAACAUCACAAACUAUGCUAUGUACAGUCAAGAAUAUUAUCACCCACCUCCAAUAAAACGUCAACCAUACAAAACUAUGAAGCAUAGCACUCCAAUGGCGAGUCCACGCUUUACUCCUCGUAACACUGCAAGAAACCACUCUCCAUACUAUCCCGAUCAUCCAAACAUUCCUCCGUACUAUCACGACAACCCCCAAACUCCUCCCUACCAACGUUACCACCCCGAAGGUCCCAUGCCGCAAGUCCCAUUAUGCCUUAAAGAAAUAGAAGUAAAAAGUGCAGGGACACAAAGCGAGAGAAAAAUGUCCCUGUUCAAAAAGUUACUAGUUCCUAAGAAAGUUAAAGUAGCGAGCGAACCAUCGGAGAAAAGUAAACCACCGGCUAAAACCAAAUCUGGUAUUUUUAACUGGAAAACAUUGAAGGAGAGCGCCAAAACUGGAGCUAUUCCAAAAGAUUUUACUUUUAAAACCCAACAGCAGCUCGCACAAGGAGAUACCAAGAUGAAGAAUGCACUAAUAAAAAAAUUGUUUUACAAAAGAAAUCCUUUUUCGCCAAGGAAUCUCAUAGUCAAAACGCUCCUAGGGAACGACCCAUCUAGUUAUGGUAAUCCACCUAAGUUGAUUAAACCUAAAUAUUUCAUUUAAGUGUAACAGAAUUGGUUUCCGUUAAACAUGUGUUCAGUUUUAUGUUUAGUGUACAUUCUUUUCGAAAAAUAUAUUUUGAAAAUGCAAAA